AAACAAUAGAGGCCGCGCGCGCCGAACGAGCGCCCGCAGCCUCCCCGCCCCUCCCGCAACGCUCGACCCCGGGAUUCCCCCCGGCUCGUCCGCCCGCCAUGGCCGACAAGGAAGCAGCCUUUGACGACGCGGUGGAGGAACGUGUGAUCAACGAGGAGUACAAAAUAUGGAAAAAGAACACCCCUUUUCUGUACGACUUGGUGAUGACCCACGCCCUGGAGUGGCCCAGCCUGACUGCACAGUGGCUUCCAGAUGUAACCAGACCAGAAGGAAAAGAUUUCAGCAUUCAUCGACUUGUCCUGGGGACACAUACGUCGGAUGAACAAAACCAUCUUGUGAUAGCCAGUGUGCAGCUCCCUAAUGAUGAUGCACAGUUUGAUGCCUCACACUACGACAGUGAGAAAGGAGAAUUUGGAGGUUUUGGAUCAGUUAGUGGAAAAAUUGAAAUAGAAAUAAAGAUCAACCAUGAAGGAGAAGUAAACAGAGCUCGUUAUAUGCCCCAGAACCCUUGCAUCAUUGCGACAAAAACUCCAUCCAGUGACGUUCUUGUCUUCGACUAUACGAAGCAUCCUUCUAAGCCAGACCCUUCUGGAGAGUGCAACCCAGAUUUACGUCUCCGUGGACAUCAGAAGGAAGGCUAUGGACUUUCUUGGAACCCAAAUCUCAGUGGGCACUUACUUAGUGCUUCUGAUGACCACACCAUCUGCCUGUGGGACAUCAGUGCUGUUCCAAAGGAAGGAAAAGUGGUGGAUGCGAAAACCAUCUUUACGGGGCAUACAGCGGUAGUAGAAGAUGUUUCCUGGCAUCUUCUCCAUGAAUCUCUGUUUGGGUCGGUUGCUGAUGAUCAGAAACUUAUGAUUUGGGAUACUCGUUCAAACAAUACUUCCAAGCCAAGCCACUCAGUUGAUGCUCACACUGCUGAAGUGAACUGCCUGUCUUUCAAUCCAUACAGUGAGUUCAUUCUUGCCACAGGAUCGGCUGACAAGACUGUUGCCUUGUGGGAUUUGAGAAAUCUGAAACUGAAGUUGCAUUCCUUUGAAUCACAUAAAGAUGAAAUAUUCCAGGUUCAGUGGUCACCUCACAACGAGACUAUUUUGGCUUCUAGUGGUACUGAUCGCCGACUGAAUGUCUGGGAUUUAAGUAAAAUUGGAGAGGAACAAUCCCCAGAAGAUGCAGAAGAUGGGCCCCCAGAGUUGUUGUUUAUUCAUGGUGGUCACACUGCUAAGAUAUCUGACUUUUCCUGGAAUCCCAAUGAACCUUGGGUGAUUUGUUCGGUGUCAGAAGACAAUAUUAUGCAAGUAUGGCAGAUGGCAGAGAACAUUUACAAUGAUGAAGAUCCUGAAGGAAGUGUGGAUCCAGAAGGACAAGGAUCCUAGACGUAUCUGCACUUCUUGUGACUUUAAGCUCCCCUUUUUUUCCUCUCAACCCUGAGAUUGACUUAACACUGGUUUUGAGACACACAGACUUUGUUCUGCUACCCCUCUGUAAUAGGUACCACUGACAAUGCUAUUAGCCCAAGCAGUGGGCAGUUUUCUAAUGUUAACUGCGGAACUUGAUUCAGCAAAGCCACAAACUUAAUAUUUAAACUUUCUUCAGGAAUUUUGUAGUAACAAACCCAGGUCUAAAGUAGCCACAGAGGGGAAUAUUGUGUGUGAUUUUUUUUUUUUCUUCUUACACUAUAUCCCCGAGUUUUUCAGAUUCAUUUAAUGGUAGAGCAAGGAAUAGAGCCAACUGAGGUAGGUGUCUGAGCCAUGAAGUUUAAAUAAUGCAAGUUGUCAUUUUUAUUCAGGAAAUAGGGGAGAUUCAAGUCAUAGGUUCCUACUCUAAAAUCUUCACACCUGACUUUCCAGGAUGCACAUUUUCCUACAUAAACCAGUCUCCUGGUUUCUUCAGUUAAGUUGAAAUUACAUGUUCCUCUUUCUCCAUAUAUUUUUGCUCAUUAGUGUAUUUCUUGAGCUGUUUUCAUGUUAUUCCUUUCCUUUCUGUGAAAUGGUUUUUGUGUUUUGUUUUUUUAAACUUGGGACCACCAAGUUGUAAAGAUGUAUGUUUUUACCUGACAGUUGUGCCACAGGUAGGCUGUCAAGUUGAGAAGAGUGAAUCGAUAGCUUGUAUUUGUUUUUAAAUUUAAAUUAAUCCUUGAUAAAAGUGUUUUGUUUUUUUUUAGGAGUUAGUCCUUGACCACUAGUUUAAUACCAUCUCCACUUUGGGUGACCUGUUUCACCAGCAGGCCUGUACUCUCCAUGACUAACUGUGUAAGUGCUUAUAAUGGAAUAAAUUGCUUUUCUACAUAA